AUGCGCUCUGUUGAACUGACAUCAGCCUAUAAUAGAGUUCUUGAGCAGUCCGAAGAUGAUCAAUUCAACGGAGCGCAUUUGCAUAGAAAAGGAAUUAGAAGAAAAUGUGAAAAUGUGGAUAAGAUAAACGACUGGGAGUUGAUCGGAAGUCGGACAUAUUCUUGGAAAGGAAAUGAAGUUUUGAGAUGUAAACAUUGGGAUAAAGUAGCCAUCAGAUGGCAUUUAUCAACAUGUUCCGCAUAUGGAGAUUGUAGUGGAGGAACUAAUGUAGAUUACGCCACAAAGGCUCAAAACUGGACAGAAAUGCCAGUUUGGAGGAAUGCAUUCACUUACGUACAGGUUCCAGGACAGUUGAAUAAAACACAACAGUUGCGUCUUGGUCUUACUGGUUACGACAGUAGGAAGACUCAAGUGGAAGCCUUCGCCCCGUUGAAAAUUGAUGUAGAUUGGAGAUGGCAGAUUACUAGAGAUGGAUGCAAUAAUUUUGUUGUCAGAAUGUCUGCUAUGAGCAUGAUCAACGAAAAGAUGCGUCCAAAACUGGAAAGAUUCUGCCGUCUGUUUGACAAGGAUCACUUUGUAGACUGUACCAAUCUGUAG